AUGACCCCGCCUUUGCAGCCACAGCCAGGCAAUAAAGCGGUGGCUAUAACCCAGUUUGGAGAGGCAGUAACUUUCCGAGCCGAUUUGCUCGGAAAACUCAAUACCGCCCACGUGGUGGUCCUGAGACGACGAGGCGAGCACUUUGUCGUUGUACGACAGCGACGAGUUAACGACAUCCUCGAUCGACCUCCUUUGUCUGCUUUUCCUGCGACGGCAAGAACCGAGGAGCGAGUAGUUGAGGAACGGCUUACUGUCAUCCGAUGA